AUUCCGCCAUUGGUGGCCGGCCGGCUCCAGAGCCUCAUUGUGGCCGCCCAGGCGAACGGUUUUCGGACAGGAGCGGCGGAGGGAUCCGGGGCCGGGUCUCUGGCCACAUCUGCAGUGCCUUGGUUUAGAGUGUGUGACUAAAGCUGCAGAGCCUUCCUGCUUACUCCAGCCUGUCUCUGGCCCCAGCAGCCCUUGGGUAGAGUCUGCAGAAACUCACUGGGAAGCUAGAGUCCAGGUCCUGUCUAGAGUGGCCUUGCUUUUGAUCUUCCAGCUGCACCUGAAGGUGGGCAAGGCACCUCCGGGGAACAAGAUUCUGUCGUAAGAAGAGGCUGUAUCUUCUCUAAGACUUCAUCAGAACAUUUGAGCCGAGACUAGUGUAAACAAGCACAUCCUGGAGCUGCUGGUUUUGCUGUGGUUUCUGACCCUACAGCCUGGGGAUACAGGACUUGGAUAAAAUUGGAUCAUCAAGGAAGGGGUGACUAUGGAGGACUCGGCUCUCAUGAUUGAAGAGAGAGCCCUGUCUUUUCAAGACCCCGGCCUUCCCAGAGAAAGUGCAGAGGAGGAAGAGGAAGGUGGGCUGGCCAGGUUCCAGGAACCAUUGACAUUCAAGGAUGUGGCUGUAGAAUUCACCCAGGAAGAAUGGGGCCAACUGAACUCUUCCCAGAAGAACCUAUUCAGGGAUGUGAUGCUGGAGAACUACAAGAACUUUGUUUACCUUGGUAAGGACGGACAGCUUUCCUCAUGCCUCAGAACUUAUUCAUUGGAGCAUCUUUGCAUCUUCAUUUGCUAAAGUCUGAAGAGCUUAACCAACAUUUUGGCUUGGGCUUCCAGUUUCCAUGCCAGCAGUUAUCCUCCUGUUGGAACGUGGUGAGGUGCCGUGGAUGUUAGAGGAAGAAGUACCUAGAGGCAUUCUUUCAGAUUCUGUCAGUCAGGAGACUACAUGUAAAACCAGGAACAUAGCUCCAAAGAGAGGCAUUUUCAUGGGAAUGUCAUCUAAACAAAGAAUGGCAAAGGCUGGUGGUAGCUGGAAUUCCAAUAUGGGAAAAGUUUGGGAAUAUGAUAUAAUGUUAGAGAAUCAGAAAGACAACCAGGAGAGACAAUCCAAACAAGUAACAGUUGCUCUCAGAAAAACUCUUAAUGAGGCAAGAGUCCUUGAAUAUAAUACAUUUGGGAGAAGCUUUCAACUUGGGUCAGUCCUUGUUCCACAACAGAGAGUUUAUACAGGAAGAAGUCUUCAUAAUUAUGAUAUCCUUGGAAAAAGCAUUAAAGAAUUUUCAGAUCUAAUUAAAUGUAACAAAACCAUCUUAGGGAAGAAUCUUUGUAAGCCUCUUGGUUACCACUCAGGUCUUAUUCAAUAUCAGAUGAUAAAUACUAAAGAGAAACCCUUCAGUUAUAGUGAAUAUGGGAAAGCUUUCAACCAGAACAUAAACCUUAAUAAAACAGUUCAUACUGGAGAGAAACGCUUUGAAUGUAAUGAAUGUGGGAAAACCUUCAGCAACAAUUCAUGCCUUACUCUUCAUCAGAGAAUUCAUACUGGAGAAAAACCCUUUGAAUGUAAUGAAUGUGGGAAAGCAUUUAGCCAGAAAUCAAACCUUACUCUACAUAAGAGAAUUCAUACUGGAGAGAAACCCUUUGAGUGUAAUGAAUGUGGGAAAACCUUUAGCCAGAAAGGACACCUUAUUGAACAUCAGAGGAUUCAUGCUGGAGAAAAACCUUAUAAAUGUAAUGACUGUGGGAAAACCUUCAGCCAGAGAGGAAACCUUAAUGAACAUAAAAGAAUUCAUACUGGAGAAAAGCCCUUUGAAUGUAACGAAUGUGGGAAAGCCUUCAGCCAGAGGGGACACCUUACUGAACAUCAAAUAAUGCAUGAUGGUGAUAAGCCCUAUAAAUGUAAUGAAUGUGGGAAAGAGUUCAGCCAUAGGACAUCCUUUAUUUAUCAUCAGAGAAUUCAUACAGGGGAAAAGCCCUAUGAGUGUAAUGAAUGUGGGAAAACCUUUAGCAAGAACUCAAAUCUUACUCUCCAUCAGAGAAUUCAUACUGGAGAGAAACCUUAUAAAUGUAACGAAUGUGGAAAAGCUUUCAGCCAGAGAGGACAUUUUAAUGAACAUCAGAGAAUUCAUGCUGGAAAGAAACCCUAUAAAUGUAGUGAAUGUGGGAAGGCCUUUAGCAAAAACUCUAACCUUACUCUACAUCAGAGAAUUCAUACUGGAGAGAAACCCUAUGAAUGCAGUGAGUGUGGGAAAGCCUUCAGCAAGAAGGGUCACCUUACUGAACACCAGAGAAUUCAUGCUGGAGAAAAACCCUACAAGUGUAAUGAAUGUGGGAGAGCCUUUAGCCACAAAACAACCUUUAUUAAUCAUCAGAGAAUUCAUACUGGAGAGAAACCCUAUGAAUGUAAUGAAUGUGGGAAAGCUUUCAGCCAGAGAGGAAACCUAACUGAGCAUAAGAGGAUUCACACUGGAGAGAAAUGCUUUGAAUGUAGUGAAUGUGGGAAAGCCUUCACUCAUGGGUCAUCUUUCAUUCAUCAUCAGAGACUGCAUAAUGGGGAGAAACUACAUAAAAGAAAUGAAUGUAGAAUGUAGUGGAAAGAUGGCUAAAUUUGGAGUCAGAAUAUGUGACUUCAGAUUCUGGCUCUGCUGUUUGCUACCUGUGACACUUGGGCAAAUAUCAACCACUCUGGGCUUUACUUCUUUCAUCCAUAAAAAAAAGAGGUUGGGUUGGGUUUUGUGUUGUUUUUUUUUUGUUUGUUUUUUCCACAACCCUCACAAGAGGUGUUGUAGAUAACCACUAAGAUUCAUUCCAGACAUUGAUCUAUGAUACUGUUAUAUUGGGGAAAACCAUCAGGCAAAGGAAAAAGAAAUCCCAUGAAUGCAGAGACUUUAGGAAAGAUUUCAGCGUGUUUAACCUUUAAGAAGCAUUAGAUAAUUCAUACAACAGAUAAGUCCUAUCAAUGCAGUGACAAAGGGGAGAUUUUUGAAGUGUAGGCCAUUCUUCAUCAGACACCUCAAGAUUUUUAGUAAAAUCUGUUUAAUAGCUGACUUACAGGGUUUUUAAGCUUGUAAUGCACUUUACAUACAUUAUUUCAUUUGAGCUUCAAAACAAACCUGGGAGGCAGCUACUACAGAUACUCUUGUAUUACAAAUGAGGAAGCUGAGACAUGGACUAAAUAACUUAUCUGCCCAUCAUUGUAAAGCAAUAAAAGGGGGGAGGAUUUGAAUCCAGGUCUUCCUGACUCCAGGUUUAACAUUUUCCACUGCCAUUUGCUGCUUCUCUAGUAAACCCACCCAAAUGUUAUUUAACAAAAUAAGCUUCAGGAAUUUCUUAUUGCAAAUAAAAUAGAGAAAUGACCUAAGGUGACUUUCUUGUCUCAAGUUGGGUAAUGUUGAAAAUGGAGACUGCCUGUGUGAAUUCAGACUAUUCACGUAGUAGGAUCUUUUUGGGGGUAAAGUGAUCUGAAAAGUUACAAAAGGAAUCCUACCUUUGAGUGAGUUCUGUGGUUGGGAAUAUAUCCUAAAAAUGUUAUCCAAAAUUGUCAAAAGAUUUUCAUAGGAUUAUUUAGAAUUGUUUUUUUAAAAAAUGGAAGCAGCCUAAAGUUCAACAAUAAGGAAGUGGUUAAAUACAUUCUGUUACAUUAAUGUAAUGAAAUAUGAUGUUAUUGAACCUGACAAGUAUGAGCAAAGAAAUCUGAAAAGGCCUUUAUGAAGUAAUUGAAACUAUAAAAAGCAGAACCAGAAGAAUGGAGUACACUUAACUAUGUAAAAAGAAUGGAUAGUGAGAGUCCUGAGGGAGACUUAAGAGAAUGACUGAAAAAUUACGACAUUAUUUGCAUUGAAAUUCACUUAUUUAAAUGUAAGUAGUUGCAAAGCAAUUUUAAUUGGUUGUGUUAAUGUCUGACAUCCUUUGUCAUUUUAAAAAAUAAAAUAAGACUGGGCCCAUCUAAAAGUUUGGCCUGGGUGGCAUGAUGUAGUGGGAAGUGUACUCUACUUGGAAUCAGGAGACCUGGGUUUGAAUCUCUGGGGUAUAACAAUACCUAUGUAACUGAACAGAUUUACCUCUCAAGAGCCCAAGUAAUUGUACUUGCACUACUAUUAUUAAAUGAGUUCCGUUA